UUGAUUCCAAGGCCGCGUCAGCUAAUUUUAGUGGUUCGCAGAAGAGAUAUAUGUAUAUAUACAUACAUCAUAUUUCUUCCGGUCGUGCCACGGUGCAACGCGUCGAAUGAACGAAGAUUUCGUUUCACAGAAUACACGAGGCCAGUAUAGUUUCGGAAGUCUCUGAGAUAUCGAAUCGUCGCUAUAUGUUUGUAACUCUGCUUAUUUCUCUUUUUUUCUGUACUUUAUCCACCCGAUUACUAUAUUUACCGUUUGUUAGACAAGUAUAUGUUUACUAAUACAUAAUUAAGAAGUAUAUUAAUAAUGCAGUGAGUUAUAGCUAUGAAAUGUAUGAUAUGGUACUACACGAGUGGAUUAUCAAGUUAAACAUAUUGCCAUCAUAAUCUAGUAUAUUAUGUAUUCAAUAGCGUAGCAGUAUUAUUAAUGGAACAUAAAGCAUGUUUCUGUAAAAUGCAAACCUCAUCGAUCCAACUCCUAUAUGUACGUGCUUAUGAAUAAGCAAAAAACUUCACAACGAAUAAUUAAAUUAAAAUUGUGAUCGACGGAAAAUUUUAUCAAGAUCGGAUGGUCGAAUUUACCCGCGAAUGAAAUACUAUCUAUAUGUACCUAUAUGAUGAUUAACAUCUGGCACAGUUGGCUGAUUGAAAAUAAACGACAUGAAAUAAACGUCGUUGUCGUACAUAAGAUAGAAAUAUAAGACCAUAACAUAAAAAUAAAUUCGUUUCGCGUAAAAUUAUUGAGUUCAAGGCCUACGCUCAAAUAAGGAAUUCAGCAGAGCGUAUAAAGAUUCCGAAAUACAGAAAACUUGAUGUUUUUGCGGGACGAAUCAAUUCAACAAGUGCUCGGGGACGUUAAGGGAAAUUUCUCGAGAAGUCAGUAUAUGCACAUUACAGCGAAGGCGUGUAGUCUUCUUCUCAAUGUUGUGUGAAAUAUGUACGAUUGUGUAAUCGACCGAGAGAUCGCUAGACGCGAUCGUAGAGUUUACAGCGACUAUAGUGUGGCUCAUCUUGACCUUAGCCCAUGGAUGUACCUCUUUUCCCGCAACCACCGACCAUCGGAGGCGUCGCGACACCCCUCAGUGACGUUCCAAGCGUCGCGACGCUACUACGCGUUCCGACAUUCGUUGCUGCAUCCGUGCCGCGCGUACGCGAACGUAAUGCCGUACCUUUACGAUUCCCCUCGGACACCAGGAAACGACGUCGCGUCUGCAGGAACUUAGUCCAUCCACGGAUCAAGACCGCGGCUCUCGUCAAGGAUGCUGCACAUCGUCGCAUUACUGAGCUUUGCAUGAGGAUGGAGCAUCGCGCGAAAGAAGACGAGGAGGACGACAACGACGACGUCGUUUGUGGUAUAGAUAUUACAGACACACCUACUACGAUAUCUUCCGAGAUUUCACCUCACUUAAAAAACGGUAUAAUACGGACGAAGUGGACAAAGUCCGUAACUGUCCAGACCAUAGAAGGUUUACCUCUACGAUUAAGGAUUCUGCCAUCUCUCAGAGAUAUCGAAGAGGAUAACGGAAAUUCUUCGAAGGUCUCGAGAUUUAGGAAGUAUCUGAGAUUUUUGGGACGAUUGUUAUUAUCGCAAUUCGGUCUUCUUUGGUUACUUGUGAUAUGGACGGUGGCAGGUGCGGCGGCAUUUUGCGCCACGGAAGGACCUCGCGAGCGCGAACAGGUCGUGUUGCUGAAGAAUAUGCAGAAGGAUUUAGCAGUCGGCUUGGCGACAGAGUUGCGGCAAUUGCGGACGGAACAGGAUCAGGAUGUGGAGCCAUUGUGGAGCGAUAAAGUCCGUCAAUAUGUUGCCAAACACGAAGAACUCCUCUUGAUCGCUGUCAGUUCCGGUUAUGGCGAGGGUGAUAAUAGCGGACAGCUGUGGACAUUUCCCGGUUGUGUAUUAUUCGCCAUAUCGUUAAUUACAACUUUAGGUUUUGGAGCACCGGUUCCGCGAACAACCGCUGGUCGCACGGUAGGAGUAAUUUUCGCUGCUAUCGGUAUUCCUGCCCAUUUUCUUCUUAUAUUGAAUUUCGGUCUUAUGGUAGCGUUUCGCCUACAAAAGUACGCGCUUACCAGACAAGGCGUGCAACUCAACAGUACAGAAUCGAGUUAUUCCAGACGUAUGCCGAAAUGGAUCAAAAUAUUAUCAUUUGUUGGUACAGUCACAUACUAUGUUUUGGGAGUACUGUGCUUCGGCAUAGCGCGAUCGAGACCGAUCGCGGCGAGUCUGUUGUUUCCGUUAGACUUCACUGCGGCGGGUGAUCUCUCUACUAUCGUCGGUUACAUACGAAUACUGUACGGUCUGUAUUUGGAAGGCGCUGUUACUAUCGCGGCGAUAAUGGUAGCUAUAUUAAGAGUAUCAGCAACGCAGAGUCUUACAAACAUUGGACUCAAGUACGGCUUACUAACUAAAGAUUAAUAUGUUCAAUUUACUUAAGAUCAGGGUUGAUAUAAAGAUUAAUAUUUU